AUUAAUUAUUUUUUAUAUUUUUAGGAAAUGAAAUAAAAAAAUGGGAGAAUUUGAGGGACACUUUCGCUAAAUCUUUGAAGAUCAGUUCAGGGCACGCUGGUAAAACGUGGAUUUGGGCGAAUGAAAUGGAGUGGUUUCGUUCAUAUAUUUGUUCAACAAAUGUAAGUGAAGAAAGAGAAGAAUGCGAACCAGCAGAAACUGGAGCAGUUUCGUUGGCGUUAACGGACGAGAGCAUCGAUGGGUUUAUCCCAAGGGCUACGUCCUCCGUAGAGGAUAUAACACAAUAUCUAAAGUCGCAGGGGCCAGACGACAUAGAUAUGUUGUUUUUGGCUCAUGCGCAAACAAUUAAAAAAUUUUGCGCUAGGAGACAGACGCAAAUUAAAUUUAAAAUCGCUAAAUUGAUAAUGGAGGAAGAGAUGGCGAUUCUCGAAGAAAAUAGAGGUGGAAAAAACAUCGAUGUAACAUCGAAGUUAUCAUCGAUGUUGCCAAAAAUAUUUUUUACAUUGAUUGUUAUCUGAAAACAUCGAUUAUCGUCACUUGCAACCGAGAAACACAAAGCGUGUGAACAAUAUUGGUGGUGUUGGUGGAUAACAUCUUGGAGCCUUUUGAGCACGCUACUCGGUCUAUUUCCCAAGAAAAAAACUCUUCAAUAUCGAUAUUAAUUCCUCUCAUAUGUGAACUAAACAAAAAUAUGGUUGAUAUUAAGCCAAAAAUUAAGACUACAGAAGGGAAUUUAAUUUUUGAUUUUCUAACGGCUCGUAUGCCAGAGCGUUUCGCCCAUUAUGAGGUUAGAACAGUCCCAAGAGUGGCAACUAUUCUAGAUUCAAGGUUCAAAAAAGAUGGUUUUCUCUCUCAGUCAAAUUCAGACCAAGCUACUAAGGCUUUAGAGAAUGAAUUGUACAACACAUUGCCCAAAACACAGCACGAUACGCCAACACCACCAAAUCCAGAACCGGAAAAGAAGAAAUUUACGUUCCUACAGCAAAAAGUCGCUGUUAAAUCUAAGUCGACCAGGACAGACGCUAUUAUAGCUCUAAGGCAAUAUUUGGAGGCUCCAAAUUCCCCGGAGAACGUCGAGCCCCUAGAAUUCUACAAGAUAUGCCCAGAUUCCAUGGAAGCUUUGAAAAGCAUUGCAAAACGAUACUUUUGCGUUCCAGCAUUUUCCACGGCGUCCGAGACGAUUUUCAGCAAAGCUGGCCAAGUCAUUAGUGAGCGCAGGAGCUCUCUCAAACCAAAAAUAGUUAAUAUGUUGAUAUUUUUGAACAAAAACAGCUUCCUUUAUGAUCUCAAUUAAAUAAGUUAAAUUUAA